UUUGGGACCGUUUGAAGUUCUCUCUCACACAGAGAUCGGUAGGCUACAUUCUUCUUGUGUUGACGGUGUUUUGGCUCCCGGUGGGGAGGAGGGCUUGAAAUUCCCGUAAAAUCAGAGAGCAAUAUAGCGAAGAUAGAAACCAAAGUGAGGACACUAUCAGAAGCCUAGACCUAUUGCCAUUUGCGUUGAAUCAAUUGCCUGGAAAUCAAGGAAUCGUCCGCAGCUUCAGGAAAUGGAGGAAAAGCCUCAAUCAGCAGCCUUAGAAGGCGAGAUAGUUGGGAUCCGAUUUGGACUUGCAACUCACAAGGAAAUUUGUGUAGCAUCUGUCAGUGAAUGUCCUAUUAGCCAUUCAACGCAGCUUACCAACCCAUUCCUUGGGUUGCCUCUGGAGUUUGGUAAAUGCGAGUCUUGUGGUACUACUGAAGUGAAAGAAUGUGAAGGUCACUUUGGCUAUAUUGAGUUGCCGAUACCGAUCUAUCAUCCAAGCCAUGUGAAUGAGCUGAAAAGCCUGUUGAGCUUGUUAUGCUUAAAGUGCUUGAAGCUGAAAAGAAACAAGGUCCAAAUGAAGCACAGUGGUAUGGCUGAACGAAUGCUUUCAUGUUGUGAGGAAGCUUCUCAAGUUUCUAUUAAAGACGUUAGGACAGCUGAUGGUGCAUGCCUUUUACAAUUGAAACUGCCAGCUAGAUCAAAACUGACGGAUGGUGUGUGGAACUUCUUAGAGAGAUAUGGCUUCCGGUAUGGUUAUGGCUAUACCCGCACUUUGCUUCCGUGUGAGGUCAUGGAAAUGCUCAAGAAGAUUGUCGAGGACACAAGAAAAAAGCUUAUUAAGAAAGGCUAUUUUCCUCAGGAUGGAUACAUUUUGCGGUAUUUGCCAGUUCCUCCGAAUUGCCUCUCUGCGCCUGACAUUUCAGAUGGUGCCAGUGUCAUGUCUGCGGAUCUCUCUAUAUCAGUGCUUAAGAAAGUUUUAAAGCAGAUUGAGAUUAUCAAAAGUUCACGCUCUGGUCCACCUAAUUUCGAAUCUCAUGAAGUCGAGGUCAAUGAUCUACAAUCAGCAGUUUAUCAGUAUCUUCAGAUUCGGGGUACGGCAAAGUCUUCUCGCGAUGUAGAUGGUGCUCGAUUUGGGGUGAAGAGGGAGGCCACUGAGUCUGCUACUAAAGCAUGGCUUGAGAAGAUGAGGACUUUGUUCAUAAGGAAGGGAUCUGGAUUCUCAUCUCGCACUGUGAUAACCGGAGAUGCCUAUACAAGAGUAAACGAAAUUGGAAUUCCCCAUGAAAUUGCUCAGAGAAUUACAAUUGAGGAGAGGGUUAAUGAUCACAACAUCAAGCACUUGCAAGACCUCGUGGACAACAAGCAGUGUCUGACUUAUAGGGAUGGUACUUCCAUGUACUCUCUUAGGGAAGGUUCCAAAGGUCACACUUCUCUAAGGAUUGGUCAGAUUGUCCAUAGGAGGAUCGUGGACGGUGAUAGGGUUUUUGUGAACAGACCACCCACAACCCAUAAGCACUCAUUGCAGGCAUUGUCCGUUUAUGUGCAUGAUGACCACACAGUGAAGAUAAACCCCCUGAUUUGUGGACCACUAAGUGCUGACUUCGACGGGGAUUGCAUUCAUUUGUUCUACCCCCAGUCCGUAGCUGCAAAAGCUGAAGUCUUGGAACUUUUCUCUGUAGAGAAGCAGUUGCUCAGCUCGCAUAGUGGCAACUUGAUUUUGCAACUAUCCACUGACUCACUGUUGUCACUGAAGUCAAUGGUAAAGAGCUACCUCUUUGAUAGGGCUGCUGCUCAACAACUUUCGAUGUUUUUGCCAUGUUCUUUGCCAUCGCCUUUUUUGUUAAAGGCCAAGCAAAUGGGGCCUUAUUGGACGGCUUUGCAGAUACUAGAGUCAGCCCUUCCUGAUUCUUUGAUUUGCUCUGAGGACAGUUACUUGGUCCGUAACAGUGACUUCCUAAAGGUGGAUAGUGACGGUGAUGUGCUUAAUGACUUAGCCACUUCCAUUUUCUUUCAAAAGGGUCCUGAAGCUGUCCUUAGGUUCUUCAACUCAGUGCAGCCCUUAUUGAUGGAGCACUUGUAUGCUAACGGUGUUAGCAUUGGUUUGCAAGAUUUCUUGCUGUCCGGGAUUGUUAGAGACCGCAUUUACUGCGAGUUUAAGGUUAUUUCUCCUCUGCUGGGUAAUAUAAGAACCACCUAUAAUGCAUUGAUUGAAUCUCAGAUAGAAAAUCAUAUCCAGCAGGCGAAACAACCAGUUGUAGAUUUCAUUAGACGUUCUGCUUUAGGGGAUUUGAUACAUUCUAAGAGCGGUUCAGGUCUAAAAAAGGUGGUGGAGCAAAUUGGAUUCUUGGGCCUACAAAUUUCAGAUCGGGGUAAAUUCUAUUCGAAGUUGCUAGUUGAGGAUGUCGCCUCACUAUUUAGGAGCAGAUAUCCUGUUGAUGUUGUUGAUUACCCUUCUGCACAAUACGGAUUGGUAAAGAGCUGUUUUUUCCGUGGCUUAGAUCCGUAUGAAGAGAUUGUUCAUUCAAUAUCUAGCAGGGAGGUUAUUAUUCGUUCUUCAAGGGGCUUGUCAGAACCUGGAACCUUGUUCAAGAAUUUGAUGGCUAUCCUUCGUGAUGUGGUUAUUUGUUACGAUGGAACAGUAAGAAAUGUUUGCAGCAAUUCUAUCAUUCAAUUUCAGUAUGGGUUGACUGCUGGAACGAAGUCUCAGAGUGCCUUUGCUGCUGGUGAACCUGUUGGUGUUUUAGCUGCAACUGCAAUGUCAAAUCCUGCAUACAAGGCAGUGCUUGAUUCUAGUCCCAAUAGCAAUUCUUCUUGGGAGCUGAUGAAGGAAAUUCUACUUUGCAAAGUUGGUUUCAAGAAUGAUCAAAAUGACCGGCGUGUGAUUUUGUACCUCAAUGAGUGUGGAUGCGGAAGGAAUUUCUGCCAAGAAAAAGCAGCAUACCGGGUUAAAAAUCACCUGGAGAAAGUUAGUCUCAAGGAUAUUGCAGAGUCGUUUAUGAUUGAGUACAAGAGGCAACCGACUGGAGCAAAUGACUUUGGUGUCGACUCUGGCCUUGUUGGUCAUAUUCAUCUUAAAAAGGUUAAACUACAUGAUUUGACGAUAAGAAUGGAUGACAUUUUAAAAAAAUGCCAAGAUGCAAUCAACUUGUUUCGUAAGAGAAAAAAGCUUAGCCGCCUUUUCAAGACGACAACUCUGUCUGUGAGGUUAGUCUUCUCUCUUCUAAUAUCUGGUGAGCCAUAUUCGUUAAGCAUUCUUCUGACAAGUUUGCUUCUUCUUAGCAGCGAGUGUUGCCCCUUCCAGGACUCCUGUUCUGAUGAUUCCUUGGGGAUGCCCUGCUUGAGUUUCUGUUUGGGAGAAUCAUGUGAUAUCAAUUUGGAAAGGACAAUUGAAGUUCUAGCUGACAUGGUUUGCCCACUUUUGAUGGAAGCAAUUGUCAAAGGAGACCAACGGGUUUCUUCAGUAAAUAUAAUUUGGGCUAGCCCAGAUACGACUUCAUGGAUAAGGAACCCUUCAGGGGCUCAGAAGGGAGAACUUGCUUUGGAUAUUGUUCUGGAGAAAAAGGCAGUGAAGCGGAGUGGUGAGGCCUGGAGGACUGUGCUUGAUUCAUGUCUUCCUGUUCUACAUUUAAUUGAUAUGACACGUUCUGUCCCAUAUGCCAUAAAGCAAGUUCAGGAAUUGCUGGGAAUAUCUUGUGCAUUUGAUCAAGCAGUUCAGCGACUGUCAACGUCAGUGACAAUGGUAGCAAAGGGUGUGCUUAAAGAGCAUCUUUUUCUGCUGGCCAACAGCAUGACAUGUGCUGGAAACUUAGUUGGGUUCAAUUCCGGAGGAUAUAAAGCCCUGUCGCGCUCGUUGGAUGUCCAAGUGCCAUUUACGGAGGCAACCCUAUUUACACCAAGAAGAUGCUUUGAGAGGGCUGCAGAAAAGUGUCAUGUAGAUGAUCUGUCCAGCAUCGUGGCAUCUUGUUCAUGGGGUCGUCCAGUUGCUGUUGGUACAGGGUCCCGGUUUGACGUACUUUGGGAUAACAAGGAGUCAUCCUUGAAUCAAGAUGAACCAGUGGAUAUCUACAACUUCAUCAACAUUGUCCGUAGUAGUACGAAUGAGGAAGGCAGGAUUCCAGGUUCUUUGGGCGUGGAAGUGGACGAUCUUAUUCCAGUGGAUGAGAUUGAUGACUGGAACUUGUCCCCUGACCGGACUGGUACCGACAAGCCCAAAUUUGAAGACAGUUUGGAACUUGAGGCUGUGGACCAGGGUGAUGCUAGUUGGGAUGUGGGUACUGUGAAGGAGCAGUCUUUUGGAUGGGGAGCAGCUGCAAUUAGAACCCAAGAAGAAUCUGGCAAUUCUGGCUGGGACAAUUCUAGCUGGCAGACGAAGAAGAAACCAGAAUUUGACAAGCCUGGCUCAGUUUGGACUGUAAAUGCCCAAGAGGAAACUGAGAAUCAAGAGUCUUCUGGGUGGGGGGCAGGUGCCACCAGAAGACCCAUAGAAGAUUCUGACAAUUCUGGCUGGGAUAAACCUGCUGCUUGCCAGACAAAGAACAAAGCAUCUGACAAGUCUGUUCCUGAUUGGAAUGUGGAAACAGCUAAACCCGAAGAAGAGCUUGACAAUCAACAGUCCUCUGGAUGGGGAGCAGGUGCCACCAGAACAAUCCAAGAAGAAUCUGACUAUUCUCAGUGGGAUAAACCAGCUGCUUCGCAGAGAGUGAAAAAACCAGAAGUCGACAAUUCUGGAUGGGAAGCAGCUGCGACCAGAACCCAUGACGGAUCUGGCAAUUCUGGGUGGGAUAAACCUGCUACUCAGCAGACAAAGAAGAUACCUGAAUUUGACAAGCCUGGUUCAGAUUGGUCUGCAGAUACAUCUAAACCGUGGGAGGAACCUGAAAAUCAAGAGUCCUCUGGGUGGGGAACAGCUGCUGAGCUAGCGGAUAAAAGGACCUCCCAGGAUGGACACUCGGAUGGCUGGGGCUCAUCAGUUUUGAAGAAAAAUCUGUCUGGCGGCUCAAGUGAUUGGGCUAGCAAUAGGUCUGGAGGCUCAAGAGGUUGGGGAGCUGUUAGUAAGGAUGAUGGUGGCGCUGUAGCAGAUGAAAAGACCUCUCAGGAUGAAUGUUCUCAUGCCUGGGGAUCAACAGAUUUCAAGAAAAAUCGGUCUGAAGGCUCUAGAAGUUGGGUAAAAACUCCUGACUGGAAACUAAAGAAGAAUUACCCUCCUAAAUCUCCAGGUAUUGGGAGUGAGGAUUUCAGCAUGGGUCCAGUGUUCACGGCUACCAGGCAUCGGGUGGAACUGUUCAAUACUGAAGAGCAAGACAUUCUUGCAGUUGUUGAGCCGUUGAUGCUAUCCAUCCGAAGAAUCAUGCAUAAUACUGGGUACAACGACGGGGAUCCAUUAUCCGCUGAUGAUCAGACAUACGUUGUAGAAAGCGUCUUCAGUUACCAUCCUGACAAAGCAGCAAAGACGGGUGCUGGCAUCGAUUACAUCACUGUUAGCAAGCACACUAGCUUUCAGGACAGCAGAUGCUUCUUUGUAGUGUCCACGGAUGGAUCGAGGCAGGACUUCUCGUACCGCAAGUGUGUGGAGAACUAUGUAAGAGAGAAGUUCCCAAGUCUUGCUGACGAGUUCAAUGGCAAGUACUUUGCCAGACGCACAGGUGGAGGGAAUCGGCAGAGGAGGCCCGAGUCACCUUCUGUUCUGGCCAGCAUCCCAGAGACUCCUGGAGAUGGCAAUAGCCCUGUCCCGUAACUACAUGCUAAAGACUAAAGAGACAAGCUGAUUUUGCGUGCGUCGUUGUAGAGGCGUCGUUGUAGAGGCUUACGAAUUCAUCUGCUUUGAUUUUCUGUAUAGAAGGUAGGUGAAUUUCUUUCUGAUGUGGAUACACUCUCACCAGAAGGCUUCCUUAAUGGCCGCUUCUCCCAUACGGACGAGUAGAUCUAAUUGUUUUGGCCUGUUAAUAGUUUGCGUAGCUUAGCAGCAGCUUGUACUGGUAGUCUUAACGUCUCUAACAAGGAAGAAGCUGCAGCUCAUCUCUUUUGACUGUUGGAGUGUCCAUACUCCAUAUGCAUUAAUCAUUAUAUAGUUAAAUGUC